AGAUCAUUCUGCGGGCCAGUCCCGCGAGUCCCGCGGAGCGCAGCUACUCCCGAGGAGAUGCUGAAUUUGCACCUCGCAGCUGCUGGGCGGCUAUUCCUGGCUCCCCCGCCCGCCCAAGCAGGUGGGUCCAAGCGGCGGAGAGAGAGAGGAGGGGGCGGCGGCCUGGAGGGACCUAUAAAACCCCCCAGACCCGGCGGAGAGCACAGGGGGGAAAUCGCCGCCGAGAAGAAGAAAGGAGAGAAAAGGGGGAGCCGGGCGGGACUUUGACCCUCUAACCGACGGCAGCUCCACCGACCGCCACCCCGGGGCACAGAGCGGAGUCCUCGAAGCCUACCGCAGAUGUCCGAGCAAGAGGCGGCCCCGACGGCCCCACCGGAGGCCGCUCCCUCCGAAGAGCCGGCCUCGGCUCCAGCAGAACCGACUCCAGCAGCUCCCGGACCGGACGUAACAGCAGCAGCCGCCGCCGCCGAGGCUCCGGCUCCGGCUCCCCCGGCGGCCCAAAGCGCCCCGCCGACAGCUCCAGCUAAAAAGAAGCCCAAAGAAGGUGAGGGCGGCGGCCGACGAGGUGGCCGAAAAGGGUCUCGAGCAGCGGAGGCGGGAGGGCGGCGGCAGCGCGUGCGCUUCUUUGCUCCGGGCGCAAACCCGUGGCGCGCGCGGGACGCCGGAGGCCAUUUCCAAGGCCGCGCGCUGAAAUGAGGCGCCAAAAAGCACCUGUGGGGCUUCUCUCAUAUUUAAAAAGAAGUGGUGGCGAGUGCAGCGCCACGACCUGCGCCACGCUUGUUUCCGGUGAUUUAUCCAGAGGGGUGUUUUUCUGUGGUAUAGUGCUGGCUCCGUUUUUUAAUAACAACAACAACAAUAAUAAAUUACGCUAGGCCAUUGGUAUCCUAACUGCAGGCCGUGUUCUGCCUCCUCCAUUUAAGACGGAUUUCACUUCUCUGAUAAAUUGCAAUGCAAUCCUAACCAUGGCUACCUAGAAGCAAGUCCUAUUGAAUUAAAUGGGAACUAAUAGGGUUGGGACUGCAGCCUUAAAAGCCCCAUUGCCACCGAUGUCUCAUUUGCAAUUACCUGGAUGAGCCGUAUAUGGCCCGGAAGCACCAAAAGAGGUCUUGUAGCCCUCUAUCAGUGUCAGAAAUGAAAUGAAUGAGAAAACCACCAGCAACAACCCUUCAUGAAAUCACCUACAGCUAUUUGUUUCCACUGACUACUAUUGAGAGCAUCAUAGAAGCAGCUGGAGCUGGAGAAGGAGGAUAGUGUUCUCUUACCCCAGCCCCAGAAAUUUGAAGGUCGUGGGAAGGAGACCUGGUUCCCCAGGGAAUAUACUGCAUCAGCAAUAUGUAUGUUGGUGUACCCCUCUGGUCACAACCUCCCACUACAUUCUCUUGUUCAGCUGAACAAGUGAAAGGGAGACCUGCAUACAUACAACUGUACAUGUGUUGGAGCUUCCAUGCAGUCAUAAAUCCAGUGCAAUUGAGGUUCCUGAUCACAUGAAAAUCCCUAUGCCCAUACAACUGCAUGUAUGGAGAUGUGCUCAACUUAAUGCUGGGUGUUGGGGCAUAUUGCCAGAGGGAUGCACCAGUGUUGGGGAGUGGGACACAACCCCGCUCCCUGCUCUCGCAUUCACUGAGUGUGUGAGAAAUGGGAAUUUGCAUAGCUAUCAUGCAAAGGCUAAAAUAAAGGGGUAUGCAUUCUCUGACAAAGCCCUUAGUCCAAGAAAAGCGCAUUAAUGAAUUUACACAGCAUUAAGUACUGAACUGGUGGGGAUGGAAAAUGCCUUACUAACGCUUUUAUAUUUGUGAUACCAGGCACUCCCAGCUCACCGUUAAAUCUAACAGUGGACGAUGUGAACGACAAUUCUGUGACUCUGACGUGGGAUGCCCCAGAGGUUGUGGGCCAUUCUGGCCUGGAUGGAUAUGUGGUGGAGCACUGCAAAUACGGAAGUAGGCUUGAGCUUUAUCUCUCGUGAGCAUGAAGAGCUGCAUGCAUUAAUGUGGAAAAUAGGAUAACAUGGUCAGGAUAAAUUGCUUGUCCCUCUCUUGACAUAUCUACAGCCACAGUUGGAGGUGAGGAGAGAACCAUAUAGUUCUCAUGAAAUGUUCGUUGAACCCUUAAACCGCUGAACAGGUGUGUAAAGAAAAUGAUAUGUGUUCUCUUCUUAGCCUGACAUCUUCUCCACACACCCGAUCAGUUGCUCACAUGCCAUGUUGACGUGCAAUGGACAUGCUCUGUGAGCUCAAGUUGAGAAAGGCUUGGAAUACUAGAAGCAGCAAGUCACGGGAUUGCAAAUUCUAGAACCUUGAGGUUGGUCCAUUUCUUUUAGGAGUUCUCAGGCAAGAAGAGAUUCCACAGAUGUAGCUUCUUCUAUUCAAGCACUGCAUUGGUUCUGUCCAACUGCUGAGAAACAGAACUUGCAUGCUAGAGGAGGAAAUGUUGCACAUGUAGAAAGUCUGCUUGCUGUAGAACUACUGAAAGAAGGAAAUCUACUUAAAGUUGAGAAAUGACAACCUUGCCUUUCAGCCUCUUAUACUGUAUAUGGCAAUGGUGGAAGUGGCUUUCCAAACAUGAAAGUGGAGAAAGUAGUUAUUUCUCCCCUCUUUCAACCACUUUUGCAAAUUGAAUCCAUUAUGUAGCAAGUAUAGAUGCCAUACCAUAGAAGCUGCCAAAUAUGCACCUCCUGGGCAAGGCUUCUCUAUAGCAUAGAAAGGUACGGUAUAGUAGCACUUUAUAUUACGAAAAAGGGUUGCAGUCUAUGAUGUCUGCUUUUAAAAAACUGAAUAAUAUUAGGAAACAAGAUUACAUUUGUGAGCAAUUUGGUUUGUAAACCACCAGUGAUGGAUUAAUCAUGUCACAGCCUGAGUGGAAGAUGUUGUGUAUUAAACAAGGUUUAUCAUACACACUGAGUAUGCUAUAAUGGUAAUAAAUAGUGGGUGAUGUCUACUAAAGUCUUCAGCAAUUGAUGACAUCCCUAUUGAUUGCUACAAACAAUUUAUGUUGUCCCUUUUCAUGGGUUUUCUAGCUGGGGUUUCUUGUGAGCGAUAGCUGGGUGAAUCAUUUCUCAUAAAUAAAUUAUUUUGAGUUUAGCUCUUUUCCUUGCUCGCAAAUUACUUCCUGCAUUCCAGAUUGUUUGCUGAAUAUUUUAUUCAAGCCAGUUUUUCGACCUGCAUGAGUGCAUUAUCACAUAUUUGUCACUCCAUAUCUGCAUGGUGUAUUUGGAGAGCUAUCGCCAUAGGGUAGCAUUUCCACUCACUGAUUAGAUUGCCUCAACCUUUGUAACCUCUUUUGUUAAUUGAAUCCAAUAAAAGCAUGCUUUUGUUGUGAUUAGAAGAGGAUGUCCUUGAAACAUGGCAGAACUGUUCACAAAAGAUGGCUUGAGCACAAUUGUAGCACAAAUGUAUCCAAAUGUUAUAUCCCAAUGGGGAUAAUUUAGGGUUGCCAUAUUUCAAAAGUGAAAGGCUUUUUUGGGGUGUGGAGGCAAAGUUGUUGACCUUUCUUUCCCAGACAUUUUAGCUACUUUUCGGCCCAGACACCAUUUUCGACGGACGAAUCCCGGCUAUGUCCAGGACGUAUGGCACCCUUAGAUAAUUUGAAUGUAAGAAUGACCUUAUACAUGGUCUUUCUAGAGUUGGGAGGCUAGAAUUGAUAUAUUGCAACCUUAAUUUUUUUUAAAAAAAAGACAGACAGACAGACAGACAAACCAGUAGACAUAGGUUAGCAAAGCAUAGGUUUGCUUUUGAACAACACAGUCUUAAGAGUGUUGAAUUGGAAGUAAGCGCUACUGUUUUCUGAAGUAAGUGUUCUGAGCAUUGGAUCUUUCAUCUCAUUCUCAAGAAAGAACUGAGUGGACUCUGUAGACAGAUACAUUUUAAAUGUAUCAGAGUAGAGACCUCAUUGUCCACUGAAUUGACUUUUUACAAUAAUUCUGUUGCGGAUGACGUAGUGGGGCAGCAAUAAACAUUAGACCUCCUGGCAGCUUACCUGCUGCUGCUUACCUGGAAAUGGGGGCGGGGAGGAUGACAUGGUGCAAAUAUACUGGCAGAGCCAAUCUGGCAUUCCAACCGGUGUGUUUACAUUGUGUUGACCCCUCCUUCCUGGUAAGUAGCAGUGACUCUGCUGUAAGGUCAAACGAGUGCCAUAACCCAACCGUGCCAUCCUUGCUUCUAAUCAUAUGACUCACCUGUUGCAUAUUUUUGUUUUAGCUACAGACUGGGUGGCUGCCAACACAAAGCCCUUCCUUUCCACCCGUUAUGUAAUUCGCGAUCUAACAUCUGGAGAUAAACUUAUCAUUCGCGUGAAGGCUGUGAAAGGUGAUGGAGUUAGUGAGCCAGCCGUCCUGGACCAGCCACUCCUCAUCAGAGAGGUUCUUGGUAUGUAUCUUGAAUGCAUUUAGCGUAACAGAACAUGUUCAUUAACAUGGAUUAUUCAAAGACGUCCUUCAUAUCAUCUUCCUGGUCAAAAUACUCCCUCUAGCUGCUGUUUACCUUGUUGGGAGUUAUUCCCCCACCCCCAGGAGCUUUGUGGGACCAUGAUUUCUAUCAGCAAAGUGAUGUGGUAUGCAAAGGUUAAACAACACUCCUUCCCUUAUACACAAGCAGAUCAAAUUUGCUUAAUGGCUUUCAUUAACUCCUGUAAUCUCCAUAAGAGAGACUUUGGCUCACAUUAGUAUACCUUUGGAGUUUUUUCUUCACCACAACUAAAGCCUGCUAGCAUUUGGUGUCAUGAUUUGUUGUAGCUGGUUGCACUGUGGUAUGCAAUGGAGAAUUAAUUUCAGAUGACUUUCUGGUUUUGGCUAUUUCCAUUUUGCCCUGGCAAAGGUUGCUUUACUUUUCCUUCUGUUGUCCUUUCUUCGUUGCUUUAAAAAUUAUGAACAGCUUUGACUCAUUUUUGCAAUUUCUUGAAAUGAAAAUGAAGCAGACAUCCCAGAAUAGAGCAAUCAGACCUGCUUGUGUAAAAAUGGAGCAUACUUUACCUACUUAAAGGUGAGAACAAGAUGCAGUUGAUGUUAUGUGAAAUCCGCUUUAAUAAAUUAAAAAGGUGCCAUUGAUGCACCUAUUUUUGGACAGUCCCAUGAAUAUGUAGGGCAAGUGGAUAUCUCCUAUGACAGUGUGCAUUGCAGUGAGCGGCAGGCAUUGCACAUGGACCUUAAACAUGCAUCUGAUAGGCCUUCUUGGUGCACCAUUGGGAAGUACAAUUAUGUUUCAUCCAAUGUUAAUAUAAAACUGUUCUUCCGAAUACAGGAAUAAUAGCGCAAUCCUAUACAUGUUUAUUCAGAACUAAAUUUCCUUAUUUUCAAUUGGCUUACUUCAGUAGUUCUGUUGAGGGCAUGGUAGCUUCCCAUGUUCUUUCUUCAGCAUUUUAGCACUCAACUGGAAGCACUAGAUAACAUCCAUGGCAAGGCAGGUUCCUUUUAACCCUUGUGGCUAUGACAUUACCUUGCCCUCAUCCUUCAGUCAUCAACAGAACUCUGGGUAACAGGAGACCAGAAGAAGCUGAAGUCAGUGAUGAAGAAGUAUACCUCCCAACCACAUUUAGUUCUCAAAAUAAAUCAUGUGCAGAUAUAUCUACAGAUUGCAAGAACAGUCUGAUCUGCAAGUCCUGGGUAUGACACAGCUCUGACUUCCAUGGUGUCAGCUGCUGAUAACAUUAAUGUGGCACCACAAUGUAAUGAAACAUACGUUGCACUGUUAAUUGCAUCUCACUUAGCAGCAGUGGGCAUGGAUCUGAGUGCUGUAAUUUGGAACCCAUGUAUACAUUUUCCUGCAGCUAGAAACCAGCUGAGGAGAAUCUACCAAGUACCGCUUUUUAAACUACUGCAUAAAAUGCCGGUAGAGUGCACCCCCCAACUAUUAAAGAUUCAGGGAUCAUGUCCUUCUUUGCAUCUGGUCACUUUACCCCUGGCUCCUUCACUUCAGAUUGCAGCAAGACCUUCAGUGCUGCUUAGGAGUUUGAAAGCUUCUUCAGCCUCCUCUAGGUAUUGCUGGCCCCAUAGUGUGGAGUGUGAAAUAUUAAGACCUUGUAUAGCUUGGACAGAAGGGUCACACUUCAAACUAACCUAAAUUCUAUUUCUACUGCGAAGAGGAAUUAUUUUUAGACAGAUGUUUUAAUGGAAAAUGAUGAAUGCCGGUGAUGAACAUAUUUCUCUGCCAGCUAGUUGGUAAGUGAGUUCUCUAAUGCAGCAUGUAUUUGUGCUGCCUGCCAGCACAGAUUGUCACUGGACUUACAGAGCUACCUUUCACUACUUGUGCACCACUAGCAUAAGGUGUGGAAGGAGUAGGGACAUAAAAGCAUCUGCCACUGUCUUAUGAAAUUUGUACACAGUGCUUUUUAACCUGACUGAAUGCGUCAGAUGCGGGUUGUAUAUUCAUAUAUCAGCAGUACUGUAUUGGCAUGAAUGUUUUCUUUGUGCUGGGGUAGGUUCUAUAGUCUGAGUGUCUCAGAUUAUGCAAAUAUAAAAUGUUGACUAGCAUGUUAUAUUUAAAUUGUUCUUGCAAUUCCAGCUGUUUAGUUAGCGAGUCUACUUUAUGUACAUUGCUGGGAGCAAAUUCCAGUUGAGUGCCUGUGUAGCCGCAGGUAGACAAAAAAAAAAAUAUGCUAUGGCAUUUUGAGACUGAUGGUCUAUUUACACACUUAAUCUUCAAUUAGUUUUCUAGCCAAUUGGUACAGCGUAGCAGCACCAGUUCUCAGCUCAGGAAACUCACAAUCUCUCUCAUUGCACAAUAUUGAUAUAAUAUUACUGGCCUACUUUAUUGUGUGUUGAAAGGACUGGCUCUUUUUUAAAAAAGUGUGCUUAAUGCUGUCACUUUUAUUUUGAAAGAUUAGCAUCAGCGUCCUCUACAUAGGUUUCUGUGUUUGAAAAUGUCAGCCUGCUGUUUGCCCCUGUUGCGGUUUGAUUCUAACAGUUGAAUAAAUAAAACCACCUUUACGCAAUUUUAAGCAAUUAGCAAGAUAACAGACAAGCUAUGCUUUCCUCCAUAUGUAGGGAUAUAGAAAUUAACUUAGUUCCUUGGAGUGCUGGAUUUCACUUGACUGAUAAGCAGGGGCGUCAGGGCCUGUGGGAGUGCCACCUUGGGGGCUUCCGCUGCCUGAGAGAGUGGCCUCAUCCUGCCUAAUGGCUGCACUGGCCCUGUUGAUAAGAAUAAAUGCCAGCAAGGGAUUCCAGGGGGAAAGAGAUGGGUGAGUGAAGAUGCUGUUACAGUUCUUGGCAGGGCUCUCCUCUGGUAUAUCCUACUGCAUUGCUGGUGUUCUAUGAACAGCGUUGCUAAAGUAUCUUUCAGCUUUUUAAUCCUGGGUCCUCCUUUACACGAUCACUUCUGGAACGUAGGCUACUGCACGUUUAAGCCUCACAGGCAUGCAUAGCUCUUUUAUUAAACCCCAACAUAAUUAUUUUACCACCCAGGCUACCAUUGUCAAAUAUAGCAUGCUAGAGUUACACCAUUGCUAUUUUGAUGCUAGUGAAGACAGUGGCAAGUGAUUAAAUGCAUACAGGCUUCUUUUGACUCUCACCAGGUUGUUUUCCCAAGGGAAGUAUAAAGCUCUGCUUCAAGUAUGUGCUGUUCACUGCAUAGCACAUACACACACAUCUUUUUGGCUUAGUAUACAACAGAGGGACUUGAAGUAAAAUCCAGACAUUGUAGGAACAUAGUUUUAGAGCUGAAAGAAAAUCUGACAUUGAUUUGGUACAAAACCAAUUUUGUAGCUGUAUAUUGGAAACUACUAUCUUGGGAUGAAUUACAAAUCUACCUUUAUUAGGACCCCCAAAAAGGACACUAACCCCACCAAUUUGAGAUUCCUGCAUUGCAGGGGGUUGGGCUAGAAUGACCCUCGGGAUCCCUUCCAACUCUACAGUGUUAUGAUUCUGUGACUGAUCACUUCUGGAGGUGGGUGAAAAUUGGAAUUUGAAGUUACAGUGCCUGCAAAAACGUGCAGGGAAAAAAAACUAUUUAACUUUUGUAAGACACCUGAAGGCAGCCCUGUUUAGGCAAGGUUUUUUAUGUUUGAUGUUUUAUCGUUUUUUUAAUAUUCUGUUGGGAGCUGCCCAGAGUGGCUGGGGCAACCCAGUCAGAUGGGCGGCAUACCAACAAACAAACAAAUAAUUUAUGCUGCAGCUGGACCUAAAAUUUGCCAAAUAAUAUUCAUUGUAGAAUUUGGAAAUUAACCCAGCAGACUUCCCUUGCUUACUUUGCACAUCUUUGGCAUUCAUCAGGCACCAUCUUAAUUCUGGAAUGGCAACAGCCUUCAUUUUCCAGGAUUGAGUUGUGUCAAUGCAUCCAUUUUCCAUUGCACCACUGAGCCAUUAUAGCCAGCAGAAUUGUACCAAACGUGGCAGUGUAUUUACCUUUAAUACCAGAAGGAGGAAGGAUAUCUGUCAACAGUUCGGUGAGGUCAACACAAGAUAUACAAGACAAACUAAGGGACAUGCAAAUACCUUGGCUAACACACCAUCAACUACUUGCCCUUUUAAACAAUCCAGCAGUAAAAUCAGCAGCCACUAGUCCUUGACCACCUUCGAAAACCACUUCCUGGCAGCAGAGGGACACGGCAAAGGGAUGAUAUUCACAAUAUACAAAAUACUCCAAAAUCCCACAACCCGCCUUGACUCAAUGAAAGAAGAAUGGGAGCACGACAUAGGCUAUGAAAUUAACCCCACCCAAUGGACUAGAAUGUGAUCUAAACCUCCCUUUAAGUCCGUAUCAGCCAAAGGAAGGGAACUCACGCUGAAGCUCACCUAUGGGUGGUACUUAACACCACGGAAACUGGUGCCGAUACGCCCAGGAACCACACCAAGAUGCUGGAGAGGCUGCACCUCCACAGGGACAUAUCUCCACAUGUGGUGGGAAUGCUCUAAAAUCCAACCCUUCUGGACAGCAGUCCUACAAGAGAUAUGCAAAAUAACUUAACAGGUAUUAGAACUCACCCCAUAUCUGACCCUACCGAGCAUCUUCCAAGAUCAUAAUGACCACUCACAUUAUACAGGGCUUAUAACCCAAAUACUCUCAGCAGCCAGAAGCCUCAUAGCCAGACACUGGAGAGACCUGUCAGGAGUAAACACGGACCAAUGGUAUCAAAUUGUAUGGGAAACGGCCUUACUAGAAAAGCUAACCAGUAAACUGAAACUGACACGGAGACAAAUAGAAGAGGACGCCUUCACCCUGGUAUGGCUCCUCUUCACAGCCCAACAAGAACCCCCGACAACAUAUGAAUCAAUCUGGCUUACCUGACCUAACAAGACCUCCCCCGCUCACAAAUGCAAACAAACCCCACUGCAGUCAACCACAGACAACCAACCACAUCCUGCCCCCCAAUACCUCUCACUACCAAGGAAAUGUAAUAAAUGAAUAGAAAGAGAACUUACCCAGUUGACGCUGACACAAAACCCCACACAUACACCAUAUAAAAGAAUAUAAGCCUCACCACCCCACCCCUUCUCUCCCCCUACCUUAUAUGGUACUCAACACUAAUGUCUCACAACAAAUGUAACUGAUUUGUAAGAAAGACUGUACAACCUGAAAAAAGAGAGAAUGCAUGUACUUUUGUAAACCAAGAAAGUAUUUAAUAAAAUACAUUUUUUUUAAAAAAACAGUUUGGUGAGGUUACAGCAAGAAGGUAUGCUGUUGCUACGAGGCACUUGAUAUUGAUUCUUCUUGCUGAGUGGAUUAAAUUAACUUAUGAAAUGCAUGCCUCGUACUAUUUAUGAGUCCUGAUCCCAGCUCUCCAUUCAUGGAGCUAACCAACUCAGCUCAAAGAAUUGCCAGAGUUAAUAGAAACUCUCACCUCUGAUAAUUUAUAAAGCACAGUUACCUGAUCUGGGGCUCCAUGGUUGGGUCAGGUUACAAAUGUGUCAUUUAAUAACAAACAAACCGCAGGGUUCUGCCAAUGCAGCCUUGGCCAGAAUUCAUUUCCAUUUUGAUUCUCUGGACUGUGAUGGAAGAGCUAAUCGUUUGCCUUACCUCCCUGGGCUUACUGAUUUACUGUGUUUAUAUGACACCGUUCUGCCAAGGCACUCAUUGUAGUUUACCAUUUUAAAUAUGAAAACAAAUGUUACACAGAGCUUGCCAAACUUUUCAUGGUAGUGACACACUUUUAAAGACAUGCCUCAUUUCGUGACACAGUAAUUCAGUUUUACUAGCAAACCGGAGCUUGAACUAACCCCAUUCCAGCCCUGGGAGGAGCACGGGGAGUGUUUGCGCGACACACCUACGCACUGCAGCCGACACACUAAUGUGUCACGACACACAGUUUGGAAAGCUCUGCAUUACAGAAUACAGAACAGAGCUUUCUCAAUCGGAAUUUCGGAGCUGAUGACACAAACUUCCUAGCCUGGAUUUCUCCUGAGGGAAACACAAGUUUUUCUUAAGAAGACUAGAGCAGGUGUAGGCACUGCUGACUCAACGUUUUCUCAGGCCAUGGAUAAUCACUUCAGGAGCUCACAGGUAUUUCUUAAGAAGAGUCAGGGAAUGUGGGAAGGACUGAGCCAACAGUUCUCUCACGCCACUGCUGGUCGCUUCAAGAGCUGGUGGCAUCUUCUCCUUGGCCUGAGUUGUAUUUAUGGUCCAAGGAAGUUGCAUUGUUGUGCUGAGGGGAAAGUGUCAAGAGCUCGUCCUACACUCGAGUAGGACCCUGGCAGAGACACAUGCCCGACUGGAAUGUUCUCUCCCUCCUGGUCGAUCGUUUGGGAGCUUCGGGAGCUUUCUUCAGCCCGAACAUCACAGCGACCGAUGCCAACAGACACCGGCACAUUUAGGGAUCUGCAGAGUCUUUGCAGCUUGCGUAACAUACCUCAGCGACUCAGCAUUUUGGCUAAUCUACUUUAUUUACAUAUAAAUACACACGGAGCACUGCAACAUGGCUCCCUCUCUAGAGACAGCAAAGAGAAAAAAGAACAAAGGACAAUAGUCCCACUUCACGGAACACAGUAACACAAACAUCCUGUCUCCGUCACUUCCCUCUCUGUGGAGUCAAAACACACACCGUCAUGUGAAAGACAAAAAUCCCAUGACUGCAAUCCUGGAGCAGGAAUUCUAACAGAAAGUACCCUUGAUCCUACAAGGUUUAACAACAAUGAAAUAUGAGAUAUUUGGGUUAUUCUGCCUCCAAACUGCUGUGGAAUCUCUCUGGUCAUAUGAGUAUCUCAGUGCUGCCCCCCCCCAACAUUCUUAUUUAUUUAAGACAUUUAUAUACUGCCUAAUCAUUAGUGCUUCUAAGCAUUCCAGGCAAGCCAAAUGAUCCAAGCAAAGGAGAUUCAUCAGUGAUUCCACAGCAAAGUUCUGCAGUACCAGUGACAAACCACUAUAAUUUUGUUUUCUCUAGAGCAGCCCAAGAUCCGACUGCCACGCUAUUUGAGGGACUUGUACAUGAAGACUGUGGGCGAUGUGUUGAACCUGAUGAUUCCUUUUCGGGUAUGUGGAUCCUUAUUCUUAUUUUGACAUUUUGGCUUUGAGCGGGGAUAAAAGCCUUUGCAUAAUUGGUCAAGAAGCUAGGAAUAGUUGCAGAAAGCUUGCAAAGGUGAACUAGUUCUCAGGUUGUCUACAGUGGGCAGCCUCCAAAGCAGAAACUAUUGAUGUUUUGGAAAGAAUUCCAGCUUCACUUGAAUGUGGCCUGGUCACUGAGAAAAAUAAAGGACUGACAGGCUUGGGAAAAAGGAAACAUUGGAUCUUGAGAAGAGAGCUGUCUCAGGACAAGGCAAGACUAGAAACAAGGUACUCUACACAAACCACUGAAUCCUAAACUGUAAUGUGUAAACAAGCUUAAGCUUUGUUUGGCUGACAUAUGCAUUACAUCUGUAUAUUGCAAGUCAUAUAAAACUCACCAGCUCUUGGCAGCCUCCUAAUCUCUAAACACAGACGGAAAAAGUGUCUUAUGUCAUACUUGAUCUUUUCCUAGCACUAAAUUCUGACACUGGAUCUCUUUUUAUGUUACUCUGAUUUAAAGAGCUCUUAUCAAGAGAAUACUUUGACAUUGUGAUCAAGUUUGUUAUGUGCGUUUGGAAGGCAGAGGCAGUAUGUUCCAGUCAGGCACUGGGGGGGUGGGUUUGUAGCCCAGAGCCUAAAAUAGCUCUUGACUAAAAAUAGCAAGUGCAAGCCAUAUGGAGUGGCAUAGAGAGACUUAUAAUAGGGUAUAGCACUCCAUGCAUUUCCUUGGUUCUUGGGUAUCUGUAGACUUGCUGUGGAUCUAGGCCACUCCCUUAAAGGGCCAGCUGUCAGAAGCAACUGCAUUUGACACACAUUCAUACUAGCUUCAACUGCCCCUAAGUUUUUUGUUGCGGAGGGGACUUCAGAGCUCAGGUUUGGGGUAGAAACAUCAAUAUGAAAAUGUUUGCCUCUCCUGUGCAUGGGCACUCACAUACAUAAAUGUGUGUCGGCAACUGUCCUGCCUUUGAAUAAGAGUCCAAAAAUGGUGUUGGCUUUUUGCAUCACAGUUUAAUCAUAUGUGGCUAGAAAGUGGAAGCAAAUGAGCACUUUCUUUCUUUGAAACUUUAUUCCCACUUUUCACUUCCAUGAAGAACAAUCAACACAGUUCACAUAAUAGAACCACAAUACUAAUAUAAAGCAAACUCUAAUCAGUGAAAUCAAAUUAAUAAAACAAAACAAAAAACAGACAACUGUGGUUAUAAGAGCAACACCAGGAACCAUCAAAAUCAUGAAAAUCAUGCCGAAGAUUCACUGUAUGUUUAUAAGAGUUAGUAGCCAGACAAAUAGAAGAAAACCGUGAUAUACCAACUGUUCUACAUAUGCCUUCCCUUAGGGAAAGCCAAAGCCACAGGUGACCUGGACCAAAGAUGGCCAGCCUCUGGAUCCCAAGCGAAUGCAUUUGCGCAACAGUGAGAGGGACUCCGUCCUAUUCAUCCGCCAACUACAGCGCAGUGAUUCUGGAAAAUACGAAAUAAGUGUUAAGAUCUUAGAUGAACUAGAAGACAAGGCCACCAUUAAUCUCCAGGUGAUUGGUAAGGGCGAUGAAACCAUAUGGUUUGAUUUGGUAUCUAAAGGGUGGCUAGCUCAGAUACCUCUUCCCUUGAAACAAAAUUCUCUAAUUCAAGAGUCACUGUGUACUGUGGCAUAUGGCACCUUGCUGGGCCUGGCAUUAUUAAGCAUCGGAGCAUGUGGUGUGCUUAGGCCAUGGGGAAUGUGUAGUGAGAUGACUGUUCUGUUUCAGUCUCGAAUCCCUUAUAUAACAAGGUAAGAUAGAAUUAUGAGCCAUUGUUUCUGAUACUGAAACUACACCUGCAUGAGAGUUAUGAAUGAAUAAUAAUAAUAAUAAUAAUAUAUUCUAGUAUGGUUAUAGAUUUCCCUCUUCUUCCAGAUAGCUUAAUGGCUGCUCUCUGUUUUAUCUGGUGCCUGCUGCUGAACUUCUCUGUGAUGUGCCAUGGCAGGUAGCACUGUAUUGAUAUUUCAGAAGUAAUGUAUGGCUCAUCUUUUCAGAGAGACCAGGCCCUCCUGAGAACCUGAAGCUGGUGGAUGUAUGGGGCUUUAAUGUGGCGUUGGAGUGGAGCCCACCCAAAGAUAAUGGCAAUGCUGAUCUCAAAGGGUACACAGUCCAAAAAGCAGACAAGAAGACUGGGGUAAGGACUUGGGGCUGGGAAAGAUACAGCCUGGGGGGCAUUGUACUUUGUGCAAGGAUUAGUGGUGGGUCCUGAAGCCGCCAUCACUUCACAGCUGUUUACAAAUCCCAACAAAAAGGAGUCAGUAUAAGAAAUGCAAUGCAUAUUCCACAAAAACACAGCCCACAAAUUCCGUGACAAUACAGAAUUUGGUCACAGGUGGUUUAAACAGUGAAAAUGAGAAUGGGAAAAGAACAUUACUUAGAACCUUUAUGCUUUUUAUUCUUUUAUUUUUUUAUAGUACAAUAAAUGGAAUCAAUAACAUCUUGAAAAAAUGUAAAUCAAGGUUAAAAAAAAAGCUCAUGUAUGAACUGUUUUCUUUUUUCUUUUUAACUAGCAAAUGUAAAUAACCCUCUAAAUGUAUCCAUAUUUAGUCCAACAAAUCUUUCCCUUGAGAACCUUUUCCUCUCUAAUCCUCCAUCGGCAGCGUUUAUUUCAGAAAUGGCAGUAGGUCAACACAGUUUGCCUUUGUAAUAGAGCUUUAUUCCUGGGGUCCAAUCACAAGCCCCCUGGAAGAAUUGAUUCACUCAGCUAUUUUUAUAUACCUGGUGCUGUGACCUAUGCCUUGCUUCAGUUGCUCUGUGGAAGCAUUGAUACUGUAUGAGGUUUUAAAACAAACAAAUACACAAACUUUCAUUUAAAAUUUUGGUUCAAAAUAUACAUAAGGGUCAUUAAAAUCAAUAAAAAAUUAAAAACUUGCAGAUCAUCAUAAAACAACAUUGCUGCCAAAUAUUUUUGGGACCCACCUUUUUUCUGUGAAUGCCAUCUGUUUUGAACUGUUUUUAAUAUUGCCUUUUGAUAUUGUAGCCUUCUCUGGGAUCUUGGAGUGAGAGAGGGCAACAUAUUAUAAUAUUAAUAAAUGUGCAGUUCUUCUUCUUAUCAAAUAGUAUCAAAGGUCUUUUCUAUAAGGUGCAAAAGCACCCUUUUAUGCAAACAUAUAAGAGAGUCUUGGCUUGUUCAAUGCAGCAAGUUAGCUUGGUAUGCUAUAUUUAUAUAUGGUGGCAAUUAAGAAAGGGCUUGGUGGGAGAAUGUGCUACGUGGCUGGAUAGAGGGUGAGUUUUCUCUGCUUUACUGGUGGGGGCAGUUUCCUGUGGAAAGAAGAAUUCUUGCUAUUAUUCCCCACCCCAUGACAGCAAUGGAAUGUUUGUCAAGUGGGGACUCUCUUCCUUCUCAAUUUGCCAAAUUGUAUUGGUGGGCUGUUUCCCACCUCUUGCAAUACUGCUGGAGAAGUGGUAGAGUGAAAACCAUGGGACCAGAGAACCUGUUACACUGAAAGAUGUAGCUAUCAAGAAUUGUACAGUUCUUAAAAAACAAAACAACACACUAAAGAUUGAGUUAAAUGUUUCCUCCUGUGCUACAGUUCCAGCAACCCCUGCCUUGGGCAUUGCUAUUCGGUAUGAAUAGGAGGCCCUAAUGGUGCCACCGUCACCCACUUUCAUUUGCCCUAACACCAAAACAAAAUAGCACCCCAGGGUGGCUUCCAUAGUAUUUUUUUGGCUUGGGAAGCUCUUGGUCCUUCUGCUGAGAGGGCAGCCCUGUGCCCUGAACCUGAACCUUUUUCGUGUUUAAGAGGCUGACCUUUACUGCUUUCCAGCAAUGGUUCACAGUUAUGGAGCACUACAACCGCACCAACUGCACCGUCUCCGAUCUCAUAAUUGGCAACAGCUACUCCUUCCGAGUCUUCUCGGAGAACCCCUGCGGCCUCAGCGAGAAGCCUGCUGUCUGCAAGGACGUGGCUCACAUCAAAAAAUCAGGUAGGGGCUGUAGAAGCACAAUAGGAAAGACAAGGUUGUGGAAACCCACCCCUUCCCUUGUAGGGCUGGUGGGUUACGUGCAUGGAACAUCGAGAACAGAAGGCAGCCAUGACAGCUCAAACCAUUCCAGCCAGAUUGUCUAAAGCAUCUUCUUUGAUGGGCAGCGUUCCAGCAGCUGUAUGCUGAGGUGGCAGGGGAGGGGAGUAUCAGAGGAAAAGUGGGUGGGGACAGCAAGAAAAGUAGGCAGAACCAGACAUGUGACUCUUGUUCAGUAGGCCACGUUCCAGCCACACAAAAGAGCUGGAGGGGAGGGUGUAAAGCAGGGCUAGUGAAGGGGAUGGUCUGGAGAGAGGGACACAUGGGUUGGAAGAGAGAUCACAACCUGAGGAAAGACCUGAACGCAGGAUUGGGAAGCCUGGAGGGGGCAGUUUUUAACCCAGAGGCUGGACGUCCCUCACUCUGAUGUAAAGCCAGAUAAGCCAUGGCAGAUACUGGGAGGGAUGACGGAGUGAGUUUUAAUGGUGUAGUUGGGGUGAAAAAAGGAACGUUUUCUUUCUGCCUUUCAUAAAGAUAUCAGUUACAAAUGAAUACAUAGCUGGAGGCUGCUGACAGUUUUCUCAGGGAGCUAAAGAUCAGAAGGUUGGCGGUUCGAAUCUGCUUGAUGGUGGUGAGCUCCCCUUGCUCUGUCCCAGCUUCUGCCAACCUAACAGUUUGAAAGCACACCAGUGCAAGUAGAUAAAUAGGUACCGCUGCGGCAGGAAGGUAAAAGGCGUUUCCCGUGCGCUGUGGCUUCUAUCACGGUGUUCCAUUGCGCCAGAAGCGGUUUAGUCAUGCUGGCCACAUGGCCUGGAAAGCUGCCUGCGGAGAUGAGCGCCACACCCCACAGUCAUCUUUGACUUAACCAUCCAGGGGUCCUUUACCUUUUCCAAUUUCAAUAUACAGAGCUGUCAUUUUGUAUUGUUUCAGAAAGUCUCACAAUCUGCUCCCCCUCUUAUGUAGAGUUAUAUUGAUCUGCCUUCUCCCCCACUCCCCCAGCAAUCACAUACAAAGCGGAGAAGUACAAUAGCAAGGAUCUUUCUGAACCUCCAAAAUUCACCCAACCUCUCACCGACAGAACUACCACCCGGGGCUACAGUACCCAGCUUGUCUGUUGUGUCCGGGGCUUCCCAAAGGUGAGUGCUGGUCAUUCUUGGAAGCUAAGUGAUCAGUGACCGUCUUUAGCAAGACUGAAUCUGACAUUGUGUAUAGGAUGAGAGGCUUGAGGUGUUUCCUUUGGUAGAGGAACAUGGGUUGACUUCUUUUGUUACUGGGGAUAAGUUACAGACAGGUGGAUCCAUUUAUUUCAGGUUAAGUGUCCCUGCUGCAUGUGUUUACUCCUCAGCCUGUUCUGUCCUGCUUCCACAGUAAUCUGCAAACUUUUUUUUUUUAAGCUGCAUUUGAAUGUUUUUCUUUCAAAAUAUGAAUUUCUAACUGUAAUUUAUUUUACAACACGCAUUUAGAUGCAUACCUUUUUUGAGCUGAGGUCCACAUCGCAACAUUCAGAGAACCAUGAAGUCUACCAGAUAAGAGCUACAUUCUGAUCUGUACUUUAGUCCAGGAGAUGCAGAUCGGGCCAAUUUGCAUCAAAUUCUUCAAGCAUCUCUAGAGUUUAUGGGGCUUCCAGGAGACCUGUUUAUUGAGCAUUCACCCUGAAUUGUUUGCAGGGAGAUUAGAUGACUUGGGCUGCUUAAUGAACAGUCAUUCUGAUAUGGAGGGCGGGGGAGAUUGGAUGGCAUUGCAUUGAAGCAAGUGUUAUGCCACACUUUCCACUGCAUUUCCCCAUCAAUUUCCAGAUAAAUGUCCAGUCUUAUGGGGAAGUGGCUUUGUAGUGCCUUCCUGUUUCAGCAAACAUGCGAUGGGUGCUGCAGUCUAUGACAGCACUGGGAGAUUGUCAGUGACAUCCAUCAUAAAGCAGUCCCAAUGAGUAGGCAGGAGGGUUGAGGGUGAAAAAGUAAUGAGACACUGUCUAGAGACUCUAGAAACUUAUCACUAAGUAAUGGGAAGCUGCUGCUCACCUGGGACCAGUGAUCAGCCCCUUCCCACUUUUUUGGAGAGAGGUGUUUAUUUCUGCCAUUUUGGUGCCUUAUCUGUAUUUCAGCCCAAAGUGAUCUGGAUGAAAAACCAGAUGGAAAUUGGAGAAGACCCCAGGUAUUUAGCCCUCAUGAACCAAGGUAUUUGCUCUCUAGAAAUCCGCAAGCCCAGCCCCUUCGAUGGUGGUGUUUAUACCUGCAAGGCCGUGAACCCUUUGGGGGAAGCCUCUGUAAACUGCAAGCUGAAUGUAACAGGUAUGUAUUUAAUAACUGAGUUGUUUGCUUUGGGACUGCCUAUUUUGAUGCAAUUGCUAAGAUUUUCAAAGGGAACUGCAACCAUUCUGGGUGAAUUCUACUGUGGCUUGGAAUCCUUUGUCCCUGAUGGGAAUUCCAAUCAUAGUCAUGUAACGAAUUAUUUCAGCCUCCUGGAGAGAUGUGAUUGACAGGCAGGGUGUGUUUGCUAGAUGCAGCUGAAGGCUGGUGCACUGCCAUCCAUUUGCUUGGAUUGCUGGCAACCGUUUCCAUCUGGGACAUUCCCAGAAUCACUUUCAUACAUUGUUAAUGCUGGUUCCCAGGAUUGAUGGCCCUUCUUUAUUGAUUUCCCAAGGAAACACUGUGCAGCAGCAGGUAGUGACUUAGAAGGUUUGCCACAUGCUACACAUUUUACUUCAGCUUAUUAAAAUUCAUUAAGAAAGUGCUUCAGUCCAGAGGUGAUUCGAUGGUGCAAUAUCAACACUUGUGAAGAGCAGAAGGAAGAGCAGAAGAGGUGACCACAAGCUAGCUUAAUUACAAUAUUUAGCAUUUAUGUUGUUCGUCAGAAUAUUCUUUCAAAUUGCUUCCUUUACAUGUUGUCCCUUACACCAGCCCUUUAAGGUGGGUCAGUAUUAUAAUCUUUUGCAGGAAGACGGCUCAGGGAUUGUGAAUUGUUUAAGAACAACUUGGCAGAGGUACAACUAAACCAGAGGCACACUCAGUCAACCUGGCCUGUGGUUUUUAAAACUACAAUAAAGUAGAUUUUGAUUGAAUAUUGCGAAAUACUGUCUAUACGAAGUAAGAGCAGUCAAGUGGGCUGGUUGUAAGAAGGUGGAAUAAAUUAUUUGUAAGUUUUCAAGAAGAAAACUAUGGUUUUCUAUGGUUUUCCACCAUAGAAUCGCAAAUCUGCAAUGCUGUUAAAACAGAAAGAGACAAAACAAAAACUAGCUAAGAGAGAGUGUGCAAGUCUUCCCAUUGGCAAACCUGGCAGUCAAGAUGAUGAAAUACCAUAUGUUGCACCUGAUCAUGUUUCCUGGCUCUGGAAUCCUGCAGCCUUGUAAUAUUUCUCUAAUAGGAUCCAUUUAGCCUUAACUAUGUAACUGAGAUAUUAAUUCCUCUCCACUCUAUUAAUGGCAGAGAACCUCCUGUAAGUGGGUAACUGGUGUUCUCCAUCUGCAGUGGCUGCAGCCCAGCUGAAUGGCUGUAAUUUAUUGCCCACACAAGGCUUCCUGAUCACAUUUCCUUGCUUCAGCAAACAGCUCCCCAGCUCUCUUCUAUCCCCUUCCACUUCAACCCCCAAAUCUGAGAAGACAAGAAAACAAACGCAACACUUAACCACCCAGAAAGAUUUGGUGCUCUUACUUGCAGAGAUCUAACCCAAGCAGCACAUUCAGUGCAGGCCCAAGCCUGCAAGAUACCUGGCUCACAUUUUGUAUGGCAAAGUCCCAAGGGCUUGGGAAGCAUUUGAUAUUUCACACUCAGCUUGCAUUGUGUCCUGUCAUGCAUAUUUUAAAAUAUUUUAUGAAGGCUGUACAAUAAAAUUCUUACUUGUCUAGAUUCUGUUAUCAAGGCUAAGCAAGCAAAACAAAAAUCACUUCCCUUCCCCCGAACAGCCAUGCAGCAAGUCUUUUAUGAAUGAACACUAGAAACAAAGCCAGAAGGAGAUUCUAGAGCUGUAUUUACUAGGAGAGGAAAUAUCCACCGCAAAAAGCUAUUGACAUUCCCACUGCAGGCAGGAGUGAAACAGAACAUAACCAAUUUGAGAUGGAGAUGAGAGAGAUACUAAGAAAAAAGAGCCCUUUAAGCAUAUAGUGUUUCAAAUAUAGUGCACUGCCUCUAAACAUCUCCCAGCAGACUUGAGUCAGCUAAGCAACUAUCUGUGCUUUGCAUUUUAACAUCGCAGAGUAUAUAAAGAAGCAUUUUUAUAAGCCUGGAGUUGUUGGGGUUUUUUGUGUGUUUGCAAAGGAGUAGCUCUUGCUUACUGCACUGCAACCAAUCACUGUGUUUCUCUGGUCUAUUUCUAUGGCAAAAGCUUGUGCUACCAUUAAUGUCACCAGCAGGACAAAACAAACAAACAAACAAGCAAAAAAAGACACAUUGCUUGAAGAGAUGCCUAGAAAGUAAUCUUGCAAGUUUCUUAUGUUUCUACAGUCCCAGAAUGAGGAUGACAUGGUGAGUCCAGAUGAAGAACAAAGUGAGUUUGAGGUAAGAUGUCACUGGAAGAAUUAAAGAUGAUCAUCCAGAAUGCAUUUGGUUCAGGAGCCAUAUCAGAGCUUGGGCUAGGGCUGGCCCAAAACAUUUUGUGGCCUGGAGUGAAGGGCAAGGUCUCUCUCACUUCUGUCUUCUACAAAUGACUUGUGGUUCAAUCUUAUUUCAAUGCUGGCAACAGAACAUCAUCCUCCAUGGCACUGAAGCGCAGAACAAGCUUAAGGGGUGCAUGGUGGCAAGGAGAAGGAAAAGCUGACUGCUUCAUAGGUAUUAGGAGUGAAUGAGCGCUGAACUAAAUUAGAUGCUUUCUGUUCUGGGUGCCUAGUAUCCACUCCAGACAUUGAGUCUGCACAUAUCUCUUGUUUCAGUGUUUCCUGUUCAAGGCCUCCUACAAAACUCCCUCUUGGUAUCCCUGCUCUGGAGCAAUGCCUUAUUCACACACUCAGCUCCAUGGUUCCUAGAAGGAAUCUCCCACUUGGAGGUGAAGCUGCUGCUGCGUCUUUUCAAAAACAGAAGCUUUAUAGAGGACAGAACCUGCAACUAGGAUGGCUCUGUAGGGAACACUGACCAUGCCUCCUGUUAAAUGCCUAUUACUCCUUGUAUGGUCUUUCGCCCUACAAUACAGUUGUUAUCAGUCUUGGGGGGAAAUGUUCAUUUAGGAUGACACCGCCGAUCGUGAUAGCAAUAAAUUAAUAAUUUAAAAAUAUCCU